AUGGGAAAAUUAAAUAGAACCCUUGAAAAGCAUGACAUUAUUAGGCAAAAAAGUAUUCCAUUACCUCAGCAACUUUCAAAUAAUAAAUCAAUUUUGAAACAUGGAAAAAUAAAAAAAAUAAAAUCAGAAGAUAAGUAUUUGGAUUCAAAAUUAUCAAAAAAAAUUAUCAAACAAGCCAAACAACAGAUUAUAGACAUUAAAGAAGAAGAAGAAGGAAAUGGCAUUAUCCAAAUUAAUCCUCAAAAGCCAUCCUUUCAUAAAUUUACAUUUAACAAUGAAAAAGAAGAUAUAAGCCUAAUUAAUCAAAAAACUAAUGAAUAUUUACAUAAAAAUGAAACUUUUGACAAUACUCAAAUAUUACAACAAGAUUUAGAUGCUUUUGAUAAAUUUAUGAGUGCUGAUCUCAAAGAAAGGCAAAAUUUAGUGGACAUAAUAUCAGAUCGUUUGACAGAAAAGAAAACAGAAUUAAAUACUGAAAUAUUAGGUGAAUACAAAGACACAAAAAAUUUAACUAAGAAUAUGAACCCCAAAAUUGUAGAAAUGUAUAGAGAUGUUAGUAAGGUUCUUUCACAAUAUCGUAGUGGAAAAUUGCCAAAAGCUUUUAAAAUUAUUCCUUCAUUAAAUGAUUGGGAAAAUAUAUUAACAUUAACGGACCCUGAUAAAUGGACUGCUGGUGCUAUGUAUCAAGCUACAAAGCUUUUUGCAUCAAAUUUAAAUAAUAGAUUAGUUCAAAGAUUUUAUCACAAAAUUCUUUUACCAAGGGUCAGAGAUGAUAUAUCAGAAUACAAAAAACUGAAUUAUCAUUUAUACCAGGCACUUUACAAAGCUAUGUACAAGCAAGGCGCAUUUUUUAAAGGUAUAAUCAUACCUUUGUGUGAAUCAACAAUAAUUACUUCAAUCUCUCAAGACAAUAUACCAGCUUGUUCUUUGAGAGAAGCCUUUAUUUUGGGGACUGUAUUACAAAAAAAUUCUAUAAACAUAUUGCAUGCAUGUGCAACUAUACUUAAACUGAUUGAAAUAUCAAAACCCUCUCCAUUUGAUGCACCAAUGUAUUCAGGUCCUAUAAGCAUAUUUUUGAGAAUUUUGUUGGAUAAGAAAUAUGAAUUACCUUAUAAAGUUCAGGACAAACUAAUUGAUUAUUACAUCCAAUUCAAGGAUAAUAAAACACAAUUGCCUGUUUUGUGGCAUCAGUGUUUACUUUCUUUUGUUACAAAUUACAUAUCAAGCUUACCAGAAUCCAGUAAAAAUGACCUUCUCGAGCUCAUAAAAUGUCAUUUCCAUCCAAAAAUAUCACCAGUUGUUCAAAAUAAUAUAAAAAUUCCAUCAAAACUAUUAAAUAAUUUAAUUAAUCAUAUUGAUCACAUAAUUGUUAAGGAGAGUUUAUUAAUGGAAGAAUAAUUAUACAAUACUUAUAUAUAUAUAUUAAUCAUCUUUAAUUUUGUAUGUUUUCAAUGAAUAAAAAAUAUCUGA